AUGACUGCCCCCGUCAUCCACAACCGCGGCGGACCCGUCCAGACUGCUCAUCCCAGAGUCUUCACCUGCUCACAGCCCAUCUGCUCAGACGCCGGCUGCGUGGACAACAGCCUACAGUUUGAAUACAAGAGCGGAUAUCCGUACUUGGCCUGUACUUGCGUCGAGGAUUUUGUCAACUGUGACGACAACGGCGCUCUUCACGGCCAGGGCAGUCCCAGCGUCGUCGGCGCAAACGGCUACGCUUCGGCCACGACGGUGAUUGGAAGGAAAGCAGGGAGUGCGGUGAAGACACAGGCUGCGCAGAGUCAGCCAAGUUCGAAGAGUGCCGCCAACAAGCUUGGAUGGCAGGUCAAGUUUGGGCUUGUCACUUUUAUAACGGCCGCGUUGGUCCUUUGAGAUUUUCUUAGCAGCACUAUAUACCCAAGAAUCUACCAUAAUCUGC